AUGGUUGAGUAUUCACUUAGAGCUGCUGAACAACUGUUUCGUGAGGGCAUCAGUUGUGAAGUUAUCAAUUUAAGAAGCUUAAGACCUUUGGAUAGAGAAACCAUUCUUUAGAGUGUAAAGAAGACAGGAAGAGUAGUUUGUGUUGAAGAAGGAUGGCCAUAAUCAGGAAUCGGAGCUGAAAUCGCUGCUCUUAUUAUGGAAGGAGGAGCCUUUAAAUAUUUGGAUGCUCCUAUUCAAAGAGUCACUGGAGUUGAAGUGCCAACUCCAUAUGCUUUCAAUUUAGAAGCCAUAUCAUUUCCAAAAACAGAACAAAUUGUUGAUGCUGUCUUAAAUGUGAUUAAAAGGGGCUCGUUGAUUUAUAUUUAAAUUAUAAAAUGGAUCAAUAUACAGUUCUUGGUGAAGGUGCUCAGCACAUUGUCUAUUAAUAUAUUGGUGAAGAUCCCACUCUGA